AUGGAAAACGACCUGGAAGACAACAAAACUCUUGACACCUUCUUUUCAGAAUUCUACGAAGAAUGGUAUUACCAAGACCUGCUUGGGGCGCACCUUCUUGAGGCACUUCACAUCGGUUCCAUCGGAAACAAGUCACAACAAUUGGCAGAAAAAGCGAACAAGACAAAGACGGAACGACCCAUUGAGAAAAUAGUGCCGGCGUAUGUCCUUAAACGAUUUGCCAAAAUCUUUAGCCAGGAAGCUUCGCAACAACUUCCAGAACAUUUACAAUGGGACCACAAGAUCAAUAUGAAGCCAGGAUGGGAACCAAUGGGAUGCAAACUCUACCCCUUGACCGAAGAAGAAGAAGACAAGCUACACAAAAUGCUUCAAGAAUAUUUGAAGUGGGGGACCAUCAGAAUAUCCAAAUCUCCACAAGCGUCACCCUUCUUCUUCGUGAAAAAGAAAAAAGGAGAUUUACGACCGGUUCAAGAUUACCGAAGAUUGAAUGAAUAG